GCGACCGAGCGCUUCGUGACACCGGUCACGUGUGGGUGAAGCGAACUGGAAUCUCGCACUGUUUGCCUUUGAGGGUCUCCUUAAAAUCAAAUUGCAGUUUGCAGGUUGCAGAGAAAGACCGUCUUUUCUACGGCUGUGAAGCAAUGAACUUGUGCUUUGACACUGCAGGACAAAAUGCAGCUGAGCGGGCUCGAUUGUCCGGUAAUGUUUGAAUAGAUUUCCCGUUGAAGAUGUUAAAUCAUAUGCUGCAGACCUCAAACGAUUUUUACGCUAUAGGUACCGCAUUUCUUAGUCAGGAUGGGCCAGCAGAGGAAAAUCACAGGGGACUGUAUCCUCCUGCAGUCAUCAAUCAGUCUUCGAGAAGGGCUAUCGCGUUUCAGCCGAGUAAGGGUGUGAUAGCCUUAAUUCCAGAACUCAAGAUGUCGGGCUUCAGUAUAUCAAGGCACACAGACAUGUUGCAGCUUGAACAAAAGGAUAUUACGUCUUUCGGUUUAGGAAGAAUGUCUGAAAUGCAUAAAUAACGAUCCCAACAGUCGGUGCCAUACGCGUCAGAAUAUUUUGCUGCAGGUAAAACUGGCCUCCUAAACGCAUAUGAAGGUGUAUCAAAUUCUAAUUUGUUCCUUUCGAUGACUAAGAGUACACCUUUUGUCUUUGCAGCACACAAAGAUAAGUAGGUAUAUACAAGCCUGGGAAGGAAAAAAAAGGCUCGUGUUUUUUUUUGUCGUUGUUGGAUUUUUAGAUGUGCUUGAGUUGGCCUGUUUAACAGCGGCUCGUUCUGGAACAGACAAGGUUUGCAUGCAGAGAGCCGUCGCGUGUACCGAGCAUCAUUAAAACAGCAAACAAGCUCUCUCUCUCUCUCAUUUAAUUACCUUUUUUUCCAGGAGGUGUCACACACAGAACUCCCCGAGGAAACACGCGAACUGCACGGUUUUUUAUGGUUUAAUUUAAUGGCUCGCUAUCGUACUCUGAGAGAUACCACGCGAUCUUUUUUUUUUGUCCUAAAAAAAUAAUAAAAUAAACCUAUUAAAGCGAACCCACCUGGGGCUUUAUUUUUCCUGUUCUGACUUCCUGUACUGGAAAAUAGGUUUUGAAUACGGUCUCGAAAAUGCAAACAACUCCAAAGAUAUUGCAGCCAUUAAGGUUUGCCUUCUGGUAACUGCCAGCGUACACAAGCGCAGACGUAAGAUAACUUCCUGGUACUGACAGCCUUGGGGUUUUUUUCUCGGACAAACUCCGCCUCUAGACUACAGCCCUUGCGAUGUGAGUGGAUGUAAGGGACUCAUAAAGUAGUUGCAACAGCUGCGAGAGCCGUGCUGCUACCUCAGGAGUUGGCGUUGUUGUUAGAACACUGUAGAUGAUAGUUUUGUCACGCAAGCACCAGCUCAGUACAGGCUAACCCGGACCCGCAAGGACAUACAGCACUCAUGAUCAGACGGGAUUUAAACUUCAAGGAAAAGACGUCAAAAAAGCCACUGUUCUUGUCAAGGUUUUAAAAGGGCUGCUCUUGUUUUAGGUAGCCGAUGGAGAAAACUUUGGGUGCUUGCAGUAAACGCACAGAAACUCCAGAUAAAAGUCCGGACGCACCUUCUCUGGGUCUCGCAAAGACCAGCGGGGAGUUCAGCAGCCAGAUGCCUUUGUCGGACAAAAUACCCCUUGUCAAGCCUUAUUUGAAAAAGAAACACGCUCAAAGGAAGUUGGAUGCCAAAUGCCUCCGGGCGCUGGAUCCCCUCUUCACUACUUUAUUAAACUCAGAUGCGCUCGUAGGUGGCGAUGGGGUUUUCGUACCCCGCAACCAACCGAGGAACCAGACCAACCUGUGUGAAGCUGCCGUGGAAAAGAACUCCACACUAAGCCAGAUAUGUUUAAAGGAAGACGGCGCGGUUUCUGGAUUGGUAUCGGGCGCAGAGACAGACGAGAUAUCCGACUCCGGCGCCGGGCUUGGGCAAUGCGAGCAGAAGGCUGCGGUCGGCACCCCGGAGGAGCCCCGCUUCCAGGCUCAGGCGAGCGAGGAGAAGAACCCGGGUGUCGUGGUCUCCCCGGGUCAGGGCGCACCGAUGAGCGGCCUCUACGCGGCCCCGGAGCCGCUGCGGGGUGCCAGCUGCCUGGCGGAGAAGGACGCGGACCUGAAAAGCGGCAUCUUUCAGGAUAAGAGCGAAGAGGCCUCCUUGGAUCUCGUGUUUGAACUUCUGACCCAGCUGCAGUAUCACACCCAUCAAGGGGACGGAGUAUCGAUCUGCGUGGAUUUUCUGCGGGGGGUUUGCGUUUAUGGCAGUGACUGUCCCCAGCACCACACAGUGCUGCCCUAUCACUGGCAAAUCAGAAAAGCUGAUACACGUAUUUGGCUGAGUGUGUCGGAUGACUCCCAGGAACACUUGGAAAGGCUCUACUGCAAUCCGGACAAUGACCAAGUCAGACUCAAAUAUCAGGGACGCGUUUUUUCACUGGAUUUCAGCCUCAUGCAAGUUUGCGAUGUGGAAUUUGACCUUGUGAGACGUCUAGCUACUCCUUCCAGCACAAGCCUAACCUCCAAUUGCCACAUGGUGUGGAAAUACUACUGCAGGGAUAGUUUUGGCUGGAGAGAGUAUUCUGAGCCUGUUGUCCGACUGAUUGAAGAAGCUACCUGUAGGGGCUUGAAGGAAGUCCGCUUUGUCACACUGCAGAACCAGUACAUCCUGAACAUCAGAGAAGGCUUUCAGCAGAAUGCCAUCUUUGGGUUUAGAAGACAAAUCAAAAGAAGACCUCUCUUUCUCUCCUCUGUCAUGCUGAUGCCUUACUUACAGACUCUGUGUGGCCUUUCUUCAGCAAUAUUCCCAACAGCCGGACCAACACCCACACAACCUUUAUCCCCAACCUCGCCUACCUCUCCAAAGGUCUAUCCCGAAACCUGGCUUCCCAUGGACUCUUUGCAGGAUUUUAUCCAAGUACCCGUUUCCAAGGAUGACAAAAGCUACAGAACUGUAUACAGCCUUUUUCACAAGACUGUGUCGGAAACCAAAUUCAGGAUUUUGAAGAUUUUGAGAGUGCAGAACCCUUUCCUCUGGGAAAAGUAUAAACGGAAGAAGGAGUACAUGUCUAGAAAGAUGACGGAGGUGGACCGCGUGCUGAACGAAAGGCACCUUUUCCACGGCACCUCUCAGGACGUCGUGGAGGGGAUCUGCAAGCACAACUUCGACCCCCGCGUCUGCGGGAAGCAUGCCACCAUGUUCGGACAGGGCAGCUACUUCGCCAGGAAGGCCGUUUACUCCCACAACUUCUCCAAGCGCUCUCCCAGGGGCAUCCACUGCAUGUUCCUGGCCAAGGUGCUCACUGGCAAGUUCACGGUGGGCAACCCCUCCAUGAGGAGGCCCCCCCCGUUAAACCCCCACGACGCCUCCAGUGACUUGUUUGACUCUUGCGUGGACAACUGGGUCGACCCGCAGAUCUUCGUGAUUUUCAACGACGACCAGAGCUACCCGUAUUUCAUCAUUCAAUAUGAAGAAGUUUCAAACACUGUGUCCAUUUAGCUCCCUCAAGCUGCGAAGCUCCUACUGUACGGAGAAAAACGAGAGGCCGUGCGUUUAAAGGUACAGGAACCCGCGCCUCCGUUUUUUGGUGACCCCUGCCAAAAUCGGCCCCUGCGUUCUGUUUGCGCGUGAGGCCUCAGAGCUCUUGGAGGGCAGCUUGCCUGCUGCCAUUCCCUGCUGGACUAUAGAGCUAUUUAAAAUGAAGACUUUGACAAGUCUGUUUUAGCAGCUGCGGUUUUAAAGCUUAGCCCUUCCAGGUUUUUGUACAUAGUGUCAUGUUCAGAGACCAAUGGUGUUGUGACAGUUGACUUUUUCGGCAGUCAUAUUCCGUGGAAAGUGUAAAUAUGGACUCACUGUUUAUAAUUGAACUGUGUGCCUUUUUGUUCAUAAAAAUGUUUAUUUAUGUUAGUAAAUGUAACAUUUAAAAAAAAAACGUUUGACGAGA